AUGCAGCCCCCUCGCUGCUGCCUCCUCCUCAUCCUUCUCUACCUCUUCCUCCUCUCUGGGACAUGGGCAACCCUGCAGGGGACCUUCACUUUCUGGCUGCUUCACACCUCUACCUUCCAAAACACCUCCUUUGUGGACACGGAGGCCAUAGGCCUGCUGGAGGACAUCGAACUUGGUAUUCUUGAUAAGCACACCUGGGACAUCCACUUCUGCCAGCCCUGGGUGCGUCCAGCCCUGCCCCGCAGACAGUGGGACACACUUGACAACAUGCUCAAGGUAUAUUUGCGUAAUUUCAACCUCCUGAUGAACCAAGGGGCCAUACAGAAGGAUGUGCCCUACCCCUUUGUGGCUCAGUCCAUGACAGGCUGCAAGCUCUACCCCAACAGGACCUCUCGGGUCUUCCUCUAUGUGGGCUACAAUGGGCAGGACUUCCUCAGCUUCAACACAGACAGUUCCACCUGGACCCUCUCCCAGGACACCGACCUGGCACGGUACGUCAGGGAUGUCCUCCAGAACGAAACCGCCCUCGCUGAGGCGGUGACGGACCUCUUGAACUAUAUCUGUGUCAAUACCCUGGAGAUGUUCCUGAAUUACGGGAGGGCAGCUCUGGAGAGACAAGAGCUGCCCGUGGCCACGGUCUUUGCCCGCACGCCCAGCCCACACCAGCUGCUGCUGGUUUGCCAUGUCACCGCCUUCUACCCCCGGCCCAUCAGCGUGGCCUGGCUGAGGGAUGGCCACGAGGUGCCUCCGGGCCCGCAGCUCAACACCAGCCCCGUCCUGCCCAACGCUGACCUCACCUACCAGCUCUCCAGCGUCCUGGCCGUGGCCCCCCAGGACGGGCACAGCUACGCCUGCCGCGUGCGCCACCGCAGCCUGGGCACCCGCAGCCUCCUCGUCCCCUGGGGCAACUCACAGCUGCUGCUCAUCACAGGGCUCGUGGCCGGGCUGCUGGGAGCCGUGGCUCUUGCUGCCCUGAUGCUGCUUUGCCUCUGGAGACGCAGAAAGCACCAGGGCACAGAGGAAUCAGAGUCCAGGAGCUCCAUCCUGAGCAAAGAAGCUUAGCCCAGAAGGGAGACAACUGUCCCCAUUCCCUCUUGGCACCUGUCAGCCAACAGGGACAAGAAUUACCUUCUUCUGCUUCAAGAUUGCAAGACUAACUCGACUCAGAGAUGCAGGGGAAAAAUCUGGAUGGCUUCUGACUCACUUGAAUUUGCUAAGCAGACACAGAUGCAGGUCUGAGACCUCCUCACUUUUUACACCUCUUGUGCCACUGCCUUAGGCACCCACUGAGGCUCUAGGGCACCUCAAUGCCCAGAGCCAAUUUCUCCCACUUCUGCUACAAUAACACUUUGAUCACUAGGUGGAAAGCUGUACCCUUCCACUGCCAUUUUCUAGCUGAUUUGUUUUCCUAAAAACUGCCUUGAUUAACCAUAUUCCAGAAAUCUUUGUGCUGAGACUGAACUGUUCCACGUAGACUAACAGAACCUGGCCACAAAUGGCUUUACAAAGCACUGAGUAACACUGAAACUCUGGUAUAAUAUGUGGGAGAUGUGUGUAAUAUGUGCAGAUGUGUAUAAUAAAAUCAAUAGUUUCACUAA